CAUGGCCACCGAGCCGAAGCCAGUUUCAGACGAUAGAAUGCUUGUUUAUGUUCCACCUCAUCCGUUGAUCAAGCACUGGGUUUCAGUUUUGAGGAAUGAACAAACUCCUUGUCCCAUUUUUAAAAAUGCUAUGGCAGAGCUGGGGAGGUUACUUAUUUAUGAAGCUUCAAGGGACUGGUUGCCUACUGUAACAGGGGAGAUACAGUCACCCAUGGGUGUUGCCUCAGUUGAGUUUAUUGAUCCAAGAGAGCCUGUGGCGGUAAUUCCUAUCCUCAGAGCUGGUCUAGCUCUUGCAGAACACGCAUCAUCUGUGUUGCCUGCAACAAAACUGUACCAUCUUGGGAUAAGCAGGGAUGAGGAGACUCUUCAACCAACUAUAUAUCUUAAUAAGUUACCUGAAAAUUUUGCAGAAGGUUCUCGAAUCUUUGUGGUCGAUCCUAUGCUUGCAACAGGUGGCACAGUAGUGGCAGCUCUCGACCUCCUAAAGGAACGUGGAAUUGGCAACAAGCAAAUAAAAGUGAUAUCUGCCGUGGCUGCCCCUCCUGCCCUUCAAAAGCUGAGUGAGAAGUUUCCAGGGCUACAAGUAUACACCGGAAUCAUUGACCCGACGGUUAAUGACAAAGGGUUCAUAAUUCCUGGACUCGGAGACGCUGGUGAUCGCAGCUUUGGCACAUGAAAUGGUUUCACCCAGCUUUAGAAAUUCUCAUCUCUUAUUGCUUGGUAACGAUAUAGCUGAUUGUUGGGCGAUUGUAAAAUUGCUUUAUAAUCACUAUUGAUUAUUGAUGAAAGUUAGGGCAAUGAAGCCGGUAGAAUAGAAUUAGGAGGGAGUUAUUCCCUGGAUUUUUUUUUUUUUUUAAUUUUGUAUACUCAAUUGUUCGAUCUUAUAAUCUGCAAGGAAAUAUGAGUUUUAUUAA